GAACCGGAAAUAACAAGGAACUGUUCAUGAGUUAAAGUUAUACAGCUUCAUAAGCUAUAUACAGUUGAGAUCUUUUAGGCUCUUGCCCUGCUUUCAUAUUUUGAAAUUGAUAUCUCUGUCCCAUGUUACAUGUACAUUUUUGACUUCUGCAUCUAAGCUUUAUCUUCCCACUUUUCUUGGUGCUCAGCAAGACAAGUUAAGUUCUCAGAUAGGACCAGUGUGGGUGUCCUCCUAAAGGACGCUGCGCAACACCACAGUUUUGUCCCUGCAAGUGAAGAUUAGACUCUCUAUCCCCAGGGCUACUGGAGUGCCAUCCUAAACCAUUCGACCUGUGACUUUUGUUCUGUCCAUUGGCAACUUAUGAACACUUUCUGUUCUGUGAAAAUGUGAACAAGUGGAUCAAAUAGCCCAAUUCACACACAGUCCAGUCCUGACAAAAUAAUCCUUUCUAAAGGUCUUUUCUUGCAGUUAAGUGCAUGAGAACAGUUUAAUGCGUGUUUAAGGUAAAAAUUUGCCAACUUGGCACCUAAUUUUCCCCAGGAUCUGUGGGUUUCUUUUCCUUUUGCCUGUACUUAGAGAGGUAAACCAGAGAGGAUCUAACCCACUGAUAUUUCCCAUUUAAAUAAGUUCUUUGUUGACAGUGGUUGUCCUCUGAUUUCUCAGAGAUAAAUGACACCGAGUCUUUCUCUAAAAGAGGAUUGUACUACCGUCCACAAUUAUUCCUCUGUGGGACUGGACUCACUAUAAGGACAGGCUGUUAAUGUGCCAACAGGCUCUUUGUUAGAGUGUGAGAUUUUGAGGUUGCUGGUGAUAAAACCAGCCUGAGGAGUCUGAUUUAUGUGUAGUGGAGGCAGAUUUGGAGAGAGGGUACAAUGGGAACAGACAGGGCAGAGUUGCGCUUGAGUGAGGCAUUAGAGGGAGGUGAGGAAAAUCAGGACCUGCAAGACCCAGAUUACAGAUAUCGGAAAGACGAAAUCUUCAAACGGUUAAAAGUGACAACAUUUGCACAACUGAUACUUCAAGUAGCCUCAGUUUCAGACUUGAAUGAAAGUGAGCAUGACAGUGAAUCACAGCAUCCAGAAGAUGGUCUUUCUGUGGUGUCUGAUGCAGACCUGGACUGUCUGUCAGAGCACAGUCAGGAAGCAGGGGAGUGCCGGGAAAUCUGCUACACUGCCAGGUCGACACUUCUAAGCGUUAUCAGUGGUGUGGGAGAGCUGAACCUAGACCGAAGCAAUCAGAAGAUGGUGAAUGAGGUAGUGUCCAGCCCCGAGCCAGCUGACAGGCCCUACCCCGACUGCCCCUACCUGCUGCUGGACGUGCGGGACCGCGAGCAGUACGACCGCUGUCACAUCAUCAGCGCACACAGUUUCCCCAUCGCCACGCUGUCUCGAACAAUGAACCCCUACACCAAAGAGGUGCUGCAAUACAAAAAUUCACCAGGGAAGAUCAUCAUUGUGUACGAUGAAGACGAGAGAGUAGCGAGCCAGGCAGCUACCACCAUGUGCGAACGAGGAUUCGAGAAUCUGUUUAUGCUCUGUGGAGGUCUCAAGGUAAUCGCGCAGAAAUUUCCUAGCGGGCUGACGACGGGCUCCCUCCCCACCUCGUGCCUGUCCUCUCCCUCAUCAUCGAAGGAGAAGAAAUCCUCUGCGCCACAACGGCCGGCCCAGGCAGCAGAGAAGAGAUGGCGGUUUACGUCAGAUGAACUGUCCAAGAUCCAAGACCAGCUGGAGGAGAUCCUCAUCCCCAGUAACUCAAACAGUCGCAUGUCCAGCCGCAUGUCAACGAGCAGCUCCCAGUCCAAAGGGUCCAGUCGUCAGAGUUCCUCUACGUGUGGGAGAGACAGCGCCAGGGUUCAGAGCAGUCGACCCUGGAAGUAACCCCCCGUUCCACCGCACAAAUGCACACAAACAAACAUACCUCCAACAUAAUCUCCUUUUAUUUCAAGAAAAGAAUAGAAACUCUGGUCGUGGUCUGCCAGGCAGGUGAAAGAGAAGGGUCAUAACUUUACUACUUUGUCAUUGCUGUGUUUUACAAUUGGAGUCAUUUACAUUACCCCCCAACACCAAUCAAUAUAUCCAAACCUUUAUUAAGACCUUAAACUGGGACAACCAUAUACAAUUUGCAUAUAGACACGUCAUGUUCCCUAUGUCAAACCUUCCAGUUAAUGGCUCUCAAAGUUAAACUGACAUCUAUUUUUACACUUGAUAUUUCUUGAAACACACAAAUCGCUUGUUUCUGAAGACGAUCCGUCCAAAUGUGACAGUUUUCUUGCAGGAAACAGGGCAACUGAAUGUUAAUAUGACAUGAAGGACACGGUGGCCUCUGUAUUACAUGAAGUGUAAUAAUGUAUGUACUGUACAGAUAGUGUUACAGAGCUUGAUCCUUUUUGUAAAGUAGUGCUGUAUUUUUGUAAUGCGUAUCAUUCUGUCACAAUGGUACACCGACAGCCUUUAUGUGCAAUCUUUCGCUUUUUUUUGUGUGUGUGUUUGUAUGUCAGACGUACGGCAAGUUGAUCACACUAAGUUUGUAAUUCAGGCCUUUGACACAGUCAGAUGUGCACGGAACAAAAUCUCGGUGUCACUAUUGGAAAGAAAUGGGCAUUCUGUCAUGACUAUAAAAUAAUUAUAGAAGCACCUCGUUUCAUGUAGAUACCCUCCUUUGAAGAACAGUAUUGCUGGUUUGUGGCCUUCUUUGUGUUUUUGGGCGUGCGUGUGGCUUUGUGCAUGUGCCUGCUCUUCUUUCCAUGGAUACAUCCACAAAGCCUCCUGUGAAGUGCAUCUUAUGAAAAUAUGGACUUAUCGGUAGUCCUUUUUUCUCACAGUCUGUUGUUACCAUCAAUCUUAACUCACACUAACCAAGUGGUUACAUGAUUUUGUGUGUAAAUGAACGUCAAAUAAAGUUUAGAAUUAU